AUGCCGAUCAAUUAUUAUGAGAUUUUAAACUGUCAUCCGUCGGACACAAUCGAAGAAAUAAAAAAAUCAUAUCAAGCUUUGGUCUUGAAACAUCAUCCAGACAAACAAAACACCACCGGCGAUCGAAAUGUUUUGCAACUAUUUUAUCAAAUAGAUGAAGCAUGGAAGAUGCUAAGGGAUCCAGAACAGCGAAAAAAGUACGAUGCCGAAAUGCAACAGCACAGAUUCAACGAUGAGCCAAUUGUUUAUGCAAAAAUCUAUCGAAAGGAUUUCGAAUUUGAUGCCGAUUCACAGAGCAAUCUGUAUCCAUGCCGAUGUGGAGGAUAUUUUGUUCUACCCGACGAUUGCAUCGAAUCAAGUGACUGUGAUAAUGGCGUAGCUGAUUCAUCGAUAGAUGAAAAUUGCGGAGAGAAUGAUGAAGUAUACAUUGAAUGUGACGAAUGUUCGUUUGUCGUGCAAUUGCUUAGAAAUCAAAACACCAACAGAUGA